AUGUCAUAUUUUUAUCUAUUCAAAAUGAUUAUAAUUGGAGAUACAGGAGUUGGUAAAUCCUGCUUAUUAUUGCAGUUCACUGAUCAAAAAUUCAGAAAUGAUCAUGAUCUUACAAUAGGUGUUGAAUUUGGAUCAAGAACAAUCCAUUUAGGUGAAAAAGAUAUAAAGCUUCAAGUUUGGGAUACAGCUGGAUCAGAAAGUUUUAGAUCGAUAACUAGAUCAUAUUAUAGAGGAGCUGCAGGUGCUUUAUUAGUUUAUGAUAUCACAAGAAGGGACUCUUUUCAGCAUUUAGAUUUUUGACUGAGAGAUACAAGGGAAAAUGGAUUUUCGAAUAUGGCAAUUGUGCUGGUUGGAAAUAAAACAGAUUUGGAUUCGAAAAGAGCUGUGAGUAAACAAGAAGCACAAAAAUUUGCAAGAGAAAACGGAAUGUCAUAUAUAGAGACUUCUGCGAAGGAUGGGAAUAAUAUAGAUAGUAGCUUUGUUGAGAUUGCGAAAGCAAUACUUAUAAAGGUGCAAGAUGGAAGCAUUAAUUUGAAUAAUGAAAACUGUGGAGUUAGAGUAGGGCCGCCUUCAGUGCCUGCAAGGAAUCGGAUCAUUGUAGCUAAAAAGAAAUCUGGAUGCUGUAAAUCUUAA